UUUUGUCUGAAGAUGGCUGACGCUUCAGAUGACACUUCAGUAGACGUGACGCCGACACGCAAUCUGCGGUCAAGGACAGCACCGGUUUCUACACAGCUAAAGAACUCCGUUCCGAAGGUGGGAAAAGGAAUCGGAAAGGGAGAGCGAGGUUGGAGCACAGAAGAAAAAGAUCAGCUGAUCUCCAUUUUGGAUAACGAUGGUUUUGAUGAGGAUUUCGCAAAUUUGGCGGCCAAAUUUCCGAGCCAAAGUCUUGACAGUCUUCGACGCCUCCUGACCCACUACGAAGAAAAAAAGGGAGGCAUCAAAAGGGGAAGAGACGUUGAACACCAUCAUAGAAAAAAUGCAGGGAUGGAAGUCGACCUGUCUGAAGACUUACCACUGUAUUUUCAACUUCAAUCGUCAUUGGGAACCCACCCAAAACCAUCUCAAGUCGAAGGGAUCGAUUAUCCAGCCAUUUACGCCCACGUAGCAUCUUGUAUUCGAGAAGAAAUACCUAAAAAGCUUCAUCCCGCGACAAGGGCCGAAUUGUCAUAGCCUCCUCCCUUACUUGUACAACGUAUCUAGUCUGAACCAUACGACCAGAUUUUUUCUUUCUAGAUGGUUUUAUAUUUUUAUACAUAUUUUUAUUUAUACUUUACGAUAGAAGUAAGAUAAUAAUAUAGCAUAAUAAUAGUAAGAUCAGCAUUUUUCAAAAGGAAGAAAGAGUUGAAGGAAAGGCGAUCCAAAGUACGGCUUGCUGACGAAUCGAAAGCGGAAGAAACAUUAUUGUCGGGAGACGUCUGUAAAAUUGAAGAAUUUUACAUGUCCCAACUCCCAAGCGUCAUUGAUCCCGUUUUAUUUGUUUAAAUUUUAGCUUUGACAUUGAACCCGUUUUUAGUGGUUUAAAUUUAACUUUUGCAUUGUUUUUUCAAAUUGUUAUCUGAUCGAUGCGUGUUUUGAUGUAAAGACAAGUUAAUGUUAAUUUUUUUGUCUUCUGUGUUUUAAUAAAUUUAACCAUACGACGAGACUGACCAACGGCAAGC